CAUCGUUCUGCGGCUGCAUUGACUCUGCGGGUUAAAAUAUUUAAAGUUUUAUGGAUAAAUCUUUGAUCCUCCGGUUAUUAACCUCUAAUGCGGCGUUAGUGAAGCUAAAGUUCAGCCUCUGAUGAACUGAAGCAGAGUCGGUGUUGGUUUGUGGAGGUGAACGGUGGGGAGCUGCUGGCCACUGAAGGGAAGUAACGGUAGUUUGCGGCCAGAGGCAGCAUCGCCUCUCCGGGCUGCUUUACUUCCAGGGAUCCGCUCCGUCCAUCCGGUUCCAGAGCCAGGAGCCAGGAGCCGCUCACCGGGUUAAUAACCACCGCACUGAGCCGGACAGACAGCAGCAGAACCAGGUUCUGGAAGGAGGAUGAGGAGCGUCCCUCCUCUGCAGGACGCCUCACUGUGAUAGACCCCAGAACCAGAACCGGAACCAGAACCAGGAGCAGCCAUGGAUGAGGAUGAGGAGGAGGUGAGCAGCAUGGAGUCCCUGCUGGAGCUGCUUCUACAGAAGGACCUGGGCAGGAGGCUGCAGGUGGGUCAGGAGAUCAGCCAGCUGGUCCUCAGCCAGGAGCGCUGUCCUGGACUGGACCAGGACCAGAACCAGAACCUGCUGGACAGGAUGGUGGACGCCCUGGCCGGCUCCUGGGUCAACUCCAGCAACUACAAGGUGGUUCUGUUAGGCAUGGAGGUUCUGUCAGCUCUGGUGGACCGGCUGCAGGAGAGGUUCAGGACGCAGGUGGGAACAGUCCUGCCGAGUCUGAUGGAUCGACUGGGAGACUCCAAGGACCAGGUCCGAGAGCAGGACCAGGCGCUGCUGCUGAAGAUCAUGGACCAGUCAGCUAACCCACAGUAUGUGUGGGAGCGCAUGAUGGGAGGAUUCAAACACAAGAACGUCCGGACCAGAGAGGGACUCUGCCUCUGCCUCAUCUCCACCCUCAACGUGUUCGGCUCCCAGAGUCUGACGCUGAAUAAGAUCGUUCCUCACAUCUGCAACCUGCUGGGAGACCCAACCAGCCAGGUCCGUGACGCCGCCAUGUCCUGUCUGGUGGAGAUCUACCGCCAUGUUGGAGAGCGAGUGAGGAUCGACCUGGGAAAGAAGGGGCUGCCUCAGUCACGGCUCAACAUGAUCUUCAGUAAGUUCGACGAGGUCCAGAGGUCCGGGAACAUGGUUCUGUCUCCUCUGUCAGAUAAAACCUUUGAGGACGAUGAGUCGGUGGACGGCGGACGGUCCUCGUCCAAAGCAGCGUCCCUGUCCAGCAGGAAGGCGGUGAGCAUGGGCUCGUUCAGACGCACCACCUCGGCCUUCAGCAGCAAGUCCGCAGGUCAGAACCGGAACCAGAACCGCGUUCCCCUGUGCCCCCUUUUCCAAGCUAUCACUCCCCCCGCGGGUAGGGGGGCCCAUGCCCAAGAUCAGGGGCUGUCGGACGAUAAGAAGGACGGGAGUGAGAGGCCGCCCCCCAAGUUCGACUGCUUCCCCCCAGGUGCGUCCCCUGGAGGCGUCCCUUUAAGCGUCGGGGAAAGACCCGCACAUGGAGCGCUGCUGGCAGAGACCAUCAAGAAGGGCAUCCAUGACGCUGACGCUGAGGCUCGCUCUGUGGCCAGGAAGUGUUACUGGGGUUUCCAGGGUCACUUCAGCCGGGAGGCGGAGCUUCUGUUCCAGGGUCUGGAAUCAGCCUAUCAGAAAGCUCUGCAGGCCCACCUAGGGAGCGGGGACACUCUGAUGUCUCUGCCCGCCUCCGAUCGAUCCUCCUCCUCAUCCCAGGAGAGCCUGAAUCGGCCGCUGUCUGUGAAGAGCUCCGCAGGAAGCAGCCGAUCCAAAGCCGGCGCCUCCCGCAGACCUGCGGCCGCCUCCUCUCCGGGGUCUCUGCAGCGAUCUCGCAGCGACGUGGACGUCAACGCCGCCGCCUGCGCCCGCACCAGGAUGCCCGCCGUCUCCUCCACGGUGCCGUCUCCCUUCAGCGCCGCCUCAGCGCUUCCUCCGGGAUCCUACGCCUCACUGGGCCGAGUGAGAACCAGGAGGACGAGCUCCGGAACCGGUCUGACUGUGACAGACAGCCGUGGGCGGAGUCGGGGGAAAGUCGUCUCUCAGUCGCAGCCCGGCAGCCGCUCGGGUUCUCCGGGCCGCCUGCUGAGCGCCACCUACGGCCGGAUGGUCAGGACGUCCACGGGGGGCGGCAGUAGCAGCGCCUCAUGCAGUCUGAGCGAGAAGAACCGACCUCGAGGUCACCGCAGUCAGGGCUGCAGCCGAGAGACGAGUCCCAGCAGAUCAGGAGUCGCCCGGAGCCGGAUCCCUCGGCCCAGCAUGAGUCAGGGCUGCAGCCGGGAAACGAGUCGCGAGAGCAGCCGCGACACCAGCCCCUCCAGGGGUUUCUCCCCCCUGGUGAGCCGUCCUCAUUCCCGUUCCACCGGCGCCCUGUCCUCAGCAGAGGGCUGCUCAGACCGGCUGUCCCAUCAGGCGCGGAUCUCCGCCUCCGUCAACGCCAUGAGGAUCCUGAACACCGGCACCGAGGUGGAGGCGGCCGUGGCCGACGCUCUGCUGUUAGGAGACUCCAGGAGUAAGCGGCGGCCCGUGAGGCGGCGCUUCGAGUCGCCCGGCAUGUACUCGGACGACGACGCCAACAGCGACGCCUCCAGCGCCUGCUCGGAGCGCUCCUUCAGCUCCAGGAACGGCGGGGCGGGGCCCCACUUCCUGCGUCAGACGGAGGACGUGGCCGAGGUGCUGAACCACUGCGCCAGCUCCAACUGGUCUGAGAGGAAGGAGGGUCUGCUGGGCCUGCAGAACCUGCUGAAGAGCCAGAGGAUGCUGAGCCGCGUGGAGCUGAAGAGGCUGUGUGAGAUCUUCACCAGGAUGUUUGCAGACCCCCACAGUAAGAGAGUGUUCAGCAUGUUCCUGGAGACUCUGGUGGACUUCAUCGUCCUGCACCGGGACGAUCUGCAGGACUGGCUCUUCGUGCUUCUCACACAGCUGCUGAAGAAGAUGGGCGCAGACUUGCUGGGCUCGGUCCAAGCCAAGGUCCAGAAGGCUCUGGAUGUCACCAGAGAAUCGUUCCCCUUCGAGCAGCAGUUCAACAUCCUGAUGCGUUUCAUUGUGGACCAGACCCAGACCCCCAACCUGAAGGUCAAGGUGGCCAUCCUGCGUUACAUCGAGGCUCUGGCCCGACAGAUGGACCCGGCCGACUUCGUCAACUCCAGCGAGACCCGUCUGGCGGUCUCACGCAUCAUCACCUGGACCACCGAGCCCAAGAGCUCCGACGUGCGUAAGACCCUCCAUAGCUGGGCAGGGGAGGAGUUCUCGGGUCGGACCGGCGCCGUGGCCUCUCUGCCCGGGGAGGGGAACCUGGAGGAGAGGUGCAAGCAGGCGGCCCAGGUGGUUCUGAUCGCCCUGUUUGAGCUCAACACCCCGGAGUUCACCAUGCUGCUGGGAGCGCUGCCCAAAACCUUCCAGGACGGGACCACCAAGCUGCUGCACCACCACCUGAGGAGCGCCAGCGUCGCCAUGGCGGCUCCGGUCCAGCCGGCGGGUCGGACGCCUCCUCGCCAUCCGGGCCGCAGCAGCCCCAUGGACUCCCCCACCAACCACGGCCUCUCCCCCAGCCGGCUGUGGGGCUGGAGCGCCGACGGCCUCUCCAAAUACCCUCCUCUUCCUCCCUUCCCCUCCCCCCUCCCUCCCCCCGCCGCCCUCAGGGCCGUACGGCGAGCUUACUCUCCCAGCGCCUUGGAGUUCGACAGCGAGAACCUCAACUCUGAGGAGAUCUACAGCUCGCUGCGCGGCGUGACCGAGGCCAUCCAGAGCUUCAGCUUCCGCAGCCAGGAGGACCCGGCGGAGCCGCCCAGGCGGGACGGGAAGCGGGACUUCAUGACCGGCGUGGCGGCGUUCUGCGGCGACCCGGCAGAGGGCGGCAGAACGGCUCUGGACAACAAGACGUCGCUGCUCAACACCCCGUCGCCGCGCUCCUUUUCCGGGCCACGGUUCCGGGAGUACAACCCAUACAACUACACAGACAGCUCUCCGGAUAAACCCCCCGCCACGGAGGACGGCACCGACCCGGGGAGAGAUGGCCGGCGGCAGGACUGCGGAGAAAACAAGGCGCUGAAUGCCAAAGGUUUCCCUGCGGCGCCCGCCGAGCAGCUGGAGCUGGUGGGGGAGCUGCUGAAGGAGCUGUCCCAGGGCGGCGCCGGGGAGCAGGGCCCCGAGGACAGACGGGGGACGCUGCUGGAGCUGCUGAAGGCGGCGCGCGAGGACAGCCUGGUGGUGUGGGAGGAGCACUUCAAGAGCAUGCUGCUGCUGCUGCUGGAGACGCUGGGCGACAAAGACCACUCGGUCCGCGCGCUGGCCCUACGCGUCCUCAGGGAGAUCCUGCGGAACCAGCCGGCCCGCUUCAAGAACUACGCCGAGCUGACCAUCAUGAAGACGCUGGAGGCUCACAAGGAUUCCCACAAGGAGGUGGUGCGGGCGGCCGAGGAGGCGGCGUCCACGCUGGCCGGCUCCAUCUACCCGGAGCAGUGCAUCAAGGUCCUCUGUCCCAUCGUCCAGACCACCGACUACCCCAUCAACCUGGCGGCCAUCAAGAUGCAGACGCGCGCCAUCGAGCGCGUCUCCAGGGAGCCGCUCCACCAGCUGCUGCCGGACGUCAUCCCGGGUCUGCUGCAGGGCUACGACAACACGGAGAGCAGCGUGAGGAAGGCCAGCGUCUUCUGCCUGGUGGCCAUCUACGCCGUCAUCGGGGAGGAGCUCAAGCCUUACCUGUCCCAGCUGACCGGCAGCAAGAUGAAGCUGCUGAACCUCUACAUCAAACGGGCUCAGAUCUCCACCAGCAACAGCAGCAGCUCCUCGGACAUCUCCUCCUACUGAGCCCGGCCCGGUGCGGUGCGGUCCGGUCCGGUCCAAUCCGCCCCGAGGAGCUCAUCUCCUUUAGUCUCCAGCCUUAAGACCUUCCUCCUCCCCCUCCUCCAUCGACGGUAGAACCCAGCGCGGUUCUGGAUCCAUUUAGAGGAGAUGAAGAAGUUCUGCUGAAGAGAUGGAGAGGAGGAGGUCCAAACCUCCAAAACCUUAAAGCCCCCUCUGCUUCGACACAUCAGACCUUCCAUGACCUGAAUGUAAAGAACCUGCCGGUCCCGUCCGGUUCUAGCAGAACCUCUCCGUCUGGGAUCAUCUGGCUGGCCAAUGAUUUCAUCUGUUCUGGUGGAACCGGCAGGAGGUUCUGGAAGAUCACAGCUGGGAAACGCUGACGGCAAUCUGCCUGCUGGACGGAGAACCGCAGGUUCUGACCCACAACCUCAACAUCUGACCCGGAACCUCAGCUUCUGACCCGGAACCUCGACGUCUGACCUAGAACUGCAGGUUCUGACCCGCAACCUCAAC